AUGAGACAACAACAACAGCCUGCACAGCAAAAUCAGGCUCAACAACAACCUCCUCCACAGCCCAACAGUAGUGGACCUUCUUUGGAGGAGUUGAUGAGUCAAAUGGCCACUCAAAGUCUGCAGUUUCAGCAGAACGUUUCAGCCACCAUUCAGGACUUACAGACCCAAAUUGGGCAGCUGGCAACUUCAGUGAAUAAUUUACAACAACAAGGGUCUGCAGCACUUCCUUCGCAGCUUGUAGUUAAUCCGAAAGGUAAUGUAAGUGCUAUUACUUUAAGAAGUGGUAAGGAACUGACCAAUUGUCCAGUGCAGGCUAGUAAAAGUAGUGGAAAUGAAGAGGGAGUCCGAGAUAAUUUACCACAUCACCAAAUUCCCCUUCCUUUCCCAACCAAAGUUCCUCCACCAAAGAAAAUAGAAAUGGACCAAGAGUUGCUGGAUACCUUCAAGAAGGUGGAGAUUAAUAUUCCUCUGCUGGAUGCCAUCAAACAGAUUCCUCGAUAUGUGAAAUUCUUGAAGGAGCUCUGUACUUAUAAGAGGAACUUAAAGAAGAGGAAUGUCCAGCUAGUUUCAUCCUUGUCCCAGUCUAGCCUUCCACAGAAAUGUGGUGAUCCAGGAACUUUCUCCAUUCGCUGCACAAUUGGAGAGUCCUCUUUUGCUAGUGCCUUGCUGGAUUUGGGAGCUUCUAUCAAUGUUAUGCCUUCAGCCGUAUAUAAGAUGUUGCAUUUGGGAGACUUGAAACCAACCAACGUGAUUAUCCAAUUAGCAAAUCGAAGCACAGCUCAGCCUUUAGGAGUGCUCGAAGACGUGUUGGUAAAAGUUAACCAAUUGAUUUUUCUGGCUGAUUUUUACAUUCUUGAUAUGCAGGAUGAGAAUUCGACCUUGAUUCUGGGUAGACCAUUCUUAAUGACUGUGAAGACAAAGAUUGAUGUCCAUACUGGCACACUGUCCAUGGAGUUUGGAGAUGACAGUUCAUUUCAAUAUCUUUGA